AUGUGCACCCAUUUCACCUACAAAAUCAGUAGCAAUGGCUACACACGCAAGCAGACACAGACACAGAAACUGGGCUACGAGGAGAUAUUGCAGGUAUCUGCGCAACUCCACUCCAUUCCACUCAAAUGCAUAGCCAGCCUGGGUUGGAGAGAUAGCGACGGUGACGAAAUAACGUUCAAUUCAGACUUGGAGUUGGAGUGCGUGUAUCAAGAGCAGGGGAGGAGUAUUUCGGUGUGGGUAAACACAAAUACCCAAGUAGCUUCUUUGGAAUCCCCGGUAUACGCCCAGCACGUUUCCUUGGCGGGAAUUAGUGGGGAGAAGACGGAAAUGAAGAAUGAGUUGAAUAAGCUGAGGGAGACAUUGACAGCCCCGCCUCCACCUACGAGCACACGUCCCAACGCUGUUUACAGGGCACAGCAAGUGCUUUUACCCAUACAAGGACCACCUGGAGAAGGAUAA